AUGGACGGACUUACCCCCGCCGAGCAAAGAGAAUUCCAAAGCCGCAUGGAAAGGAAGCAAAUGAAAGAGUUCAUGGGCAUGUUCUCCAACCUAGUUACCCACUGCUUCGAUGCCUGCGUCGACGAUUUCACCACCAAGUCCCUCAUUGCGCGUGAAAGCGGUUGCGUCUCUCGAUGUGUACAGAAGUUUAUGGCGGGGAGUGAGAGAAUCGGUCAGAGAUUCCAGGAACAACAGGCACAGAUGAUGAGUCAACCUCCUCCUGGGUCGAGAUAG